CGUGCUCGUCCCGGGGGCUCACACGGAGCCGCGCCCGUGGCCCAGCCGAGCCCCCACGCCGGUGGGUGACCCCCAUUCCCCCGAGGGGCGACCCCAGAGCCCGCCAGGGACCCCCGGGUGACCUCGGCGACACCAAGAGGCCCCGCGGUGCCGCCAGCGUAGCCCGCUCCCCCCGGGGGUCCCCGGCACCCCAAGAGCGGGGGCAGCGCUCGGGGGGCCGGGAUGGGUGCCCGGGGGUGCCCGGGGGAGUGGCCCGGGUGGGUGCCAGCGUCAGCGGUCCCUUUGAUGCGGUGCCAGCGGCUCCACGAGCGGGUGCUCCCGGCCCGGCCCCCCCGCAGCCACCCCCGCUCGGGCCUAUAAAGGGCUCGGGGUGUCCCUGUCCCGCUCAGCCGGGGCCGCUGCGGCAGCUGCGAGGAAGGCUGAGGAUGGGUCCUGCCGCCUUCCUGGGGCUCUGCCUGCUGGGCUGCCUGGUGCUGCCCCCCUCCCUGCCGGGGGCUCAGGCCACCAGGUGUCCCCGGGGGUGGCUGUCCUUCGAGGGACACUGCUAUGGCUACUUCGGACAGCAGCUGAGCUGGAGGAGGGCUGAGGCGUGGUGCCAGGCCACCCGCGGGGGCCACCUGGCGUCGCUGCACAGCCCCGAGGAGCACCGGGCGCUCGCCGCCUUCAUCGCCCGGCGGCCGCGGCGGGGAGAGGACGACGAGGAGGGGGAGAAGGAGAGGGAGAGGGAGAGGGACAAGGAGGAGAGCGUCUGGAUCGGGCUGCACCGGCGGCGCCAGGGCUGGCUCUGGGCUGACGGGUCCCCGCGGCACUACUGGGCCUGGGAGGGGGACGAUGGCCCCAAGGGACAUCCCUGCAUCGCCCUGGAGGACUCGGCAGGGUUCAUGGCCUGGGAGGGCGAGGCCUGUGGCGAGCGCAAACCUUUCGUCUGCAAAUACGAAGCCUAGAGGGGCUAGGGGCCUGGGGGGGCCCGCGGCCCUCACAGCUGUCCCCAACCCCUGUGCAGCCCCCCGACCCUGGGCCUGACCCCCACCCUGCAUCCUGUCCCCAAACCCCUGUGCCAGACCCCACUGCCUGCUCCCAAUCCCACCCCUGCUG